CACGACGCGACGCUCGCGCAUCGUGAUCGCUCGGCUUACCUGCUGCGUAUCGGUGCCCUCGCCACGGCCUGGCUGGCUGGCUGGCUGCGUCCCGACGCUUUCGCGCAUCCAUCGACACGUCGAGUGCUCUCCUUGUACACGGUGAAGAGGUGUUCGAAAGCGAAACGAGGCGAACACGCGCGCGACACUACGCGACGCGACGCAUCCCGUGAUCCCCUCCGUUUUCGAAAGUUUCGCCGCGGUUGCAUUGUGUUCACCGCUCGAGGCUAGCAGCUGGGACAAAGGUGCUCGUCGAAUAAGAAAAGAAUAACGCGAGAAGAAACGGAAGGAGAAGCGGAACAUUCGAGAAGAAUUGUUUCCAUACAGGACGUGCUUUAUUCGUUCGCGUUUGUCGCGCGAGUCGUGGACACUCUGAGGUUAGAUGCUGAAUCCGAUUAGGACCGAAGACACCCCCGGGGCUGGUUCGUUAAGAUGAAAGUCCGAGCGGAAGGAUCGAGGACUUCCGUCCCGGGACUCGGUGUACAAGCGCUGGAACUCGUUGUCCUGUGAAAGAACCGCGCUCGGACGCGCGCGGGAUCGAUCCUGGCGGACGAGAUCAAGAUCCUUCCAUGGUGCUGGCGGAAGUGAUCGCUCGCGCGAACAGGGUGCUCGCGGUCGCUCGCGAGAUCGCUUCGAUCCGGGAUCGGGAGGCACUUCGCCUCGCUGGCACUCGAGCUUCAUACGCGACGCAACAGUGCUGUGAUAUUAGUGGACCGGAAGUCGAGCCGCGAGAAAGAGUACUGCAACGUGUUACCGCCACUGCAGUGAACGACGCGAAAAAGUGCGCGUAACUUCGAUCGGCCCCGUGUGAGGCUGCGACCCCUACGGCCUUUUUUUGGAUCUUACGCGGCGGGCAAGGACCGCGGCCGACUGUGCGAGAUACCUACGAUGAACGUCUGAAAUAACGACGUUACAAAUUAAUUGUCAACAUGAGAACGCUGCUGAUCCUGGCGAGCAUUUUCCUGGAAAUACAGCUUCAUCUCUCCGGCAGCCAGGCAGAGCACCAGCGAUCCUCAGGCGCCAACAACGAGGUGGUGCCGUUAAAGGAAUCCGCCGAUAAAGGCGAGGAUGUUAUCAAGGGUCCCGUCACUGAGGUCCUCGCGCAAAGCAGAAGCACCGCCACUUUGCCCUGCAAGAUCAGCGAUCCCGGUGCUGGGACCAUCACAUGGGUGAACCAGAAGGACAAGCAGCUGCUAACCGUCGGCACCAGCACCCACUCGAUCGACGAUCGAUUCCACGCGAUCCAUUCGAGCUCGGAGUGGGCGCUGCAGAUACGGGCGGUUACCGUUCAAGAUGCAGGCAUAUACGAGUGUCAGAUUACGUCGUAUCCGGUGCAACGGAAUUUCGUUCGUUUGAAAAUCACCGAGGCGUACUCGGUGAUACCUGGGGCGCCUGAUCUGCAUGUGAAGCAGGGCUCUAGCCUUCGGCUCGAGUGUCACCUGAUGGCGGCCGCCGAGUCGCCGCAAUACGUCUUCUGGUAUCGUCAGGGUCGCAUGAUCAAUUACGACGAGGAGCCGGGCGUGAAAGUCGACCUAACGAAGAACGGAUCGAUCCUAAUGGUCAACAAGACGAAACCGGCGCACGGCGGGAACUACACGUGCGAGCCGAGCAACGCGAAGUCGUCGUACGUGGUCGUUCACGUGAUCGAAGAGGAGGAGAAGCCGGCGGCGAUGCACGGGGGCGACAGAAGGAACCUCAGCCCCGCAAUUUUGGCGAGCAACUUUCUGGUGUCCUUCCUGGCGGCCGUCAGCUGGAGGAUACCGAGUUUCACCAGCCUUUACCCGACGUGAAUCACCGGCCGAGUUGCGGGAGUGGCUGCCGUUAGCCGUGGCCGAGCCACCGCAGCCCGGGUCCACCGUCUUCCGACGUGGCGACUCGAACGAUCGACGUCGCGACCGACGGCCGCUCGUCGCGCAGAUUCGAACUGCGAUCGGGGACAAGGUUGCUUCGUCGGGAGGCGAACCCAACGCGAACGAACAGUGUACGUGUACCGAGUGUGCGUCAGCUUAAACGUGUGCGUGCGCGUGUCGAGUUGAAACGCGAGAACAUCGAGUCGUUCGAGCCUCCGACUCGAGAUAUCGUUGUAACUACGGCGGCCGAACGAACUCCGUGUGCGUUACGACGUUGGUAAGACUGGUCGGGAACCGUGGACGCUGGUCCGAUGAUCGAUGAUGGAUUCUCUGAUCGCGUGGGACGAUUUUCUGCGCGAAAUGAGAACCGCGCGACAGCGGCUGGACCGAUGAUAGUUCGUCGUGGAAUUGAUGUAGGACUCGACCGUGUAAGAUACAAUGUACGCGUUGGACUUCCGUUAGGAGAGAGUCGCGCCGCGAUGCUCGCGCGAACGGAAGUUCCUUCCUCUUUCUGUCCUACUUUCCGUCGCGACGGGACAGGAACUCGUUAGUAUCUUUCGGUGUGCGUGAUGGGCGAACCGUUUCCCUCGUAACGUGCAUUAUACAUAUAUAAAUACAUAAAUAUACGUAUAUAUAUAAAUAUAUAUACAUAUAUAUUCGUUACGUAAGCGACAAGCACGUAUAUAUAUAUAUGUGCACAUAUAUGUAGGGUGUAAAUUGCUGCGUGGAACCGGCGACGGGUGAGUGGCGCGAGGGCGCAACGCGAAUCCUUUGUAUUUUAUUUUCGUCGCGGUUGGAAGGUGAAUCGCUGAUAAAAAAGAUUUCUCGGUGUCGGUGAAUCUGGGAAGAUGAUCGAUGUGAUCCGAUAGUUUUUUCUGGAGGAACGUAAACCGUUGUCGUUGCUUUUUUUAUCGUAAUGAAGAUGUACGAGACGGAAUUCGGCGGAUUCAAUAUGAUUUUCGAAGGGAUCGUCGGAAAUUCGCCGUCGCGUAAUACUCGACGACACUCGU